UUUACAGCUAUUUGUUUUUGGCAUUUUAAAUCUUAUGUGGAUAAGUGCUUCCGCUGCCCUCUUGGAUAAUAUUUUUCCUACCAUAAUGCAAGAAUUUUAUAAAUUUAUACCAUUUGAAAAAGGCUAUCGAUUCAGUUUGGAAGAUCCCGAUGGAAAUGCUAAACGUGAUGAAAUGGGUGUGUUCUUAAAUCCGGGCACACCCGAACAACAACUGAUGGUCAUGGGUACAUAUUCGGUAAUUGAUAUCAAAACCAAACUUGAAACUAUAACUGUGUAUACAGCUGACAAGGACGGAUACAUAGCGCGCUAUGUAAUUGAACGAAAAUUUAAGAUACGUAAAUUGUCAAGUGAUUGUUUAAAAUCAGGCUGUGGUUAA